CGGAUUACGAAGAGCUGAGGGUGAGAAAAUAUAUUCACUGCUUAGGUCAUUUAUUGUACUCGAUGACAUUCAGAGAAUAUGGUUUCAGGUUUUCGUGUUUCUGAGCUGCAGGUGUUGCUGGGAUUUGCUGGACGUAAUAAAAGUGGACGAAAGCAUGACCUCUUAGCUAGAGCACUACACUUAUUAAAGAGUGGGUGUAGUCCAGCUGUCCAGAUUAAAAUCCGAGAAUUGUACAGGCGGCGUUAUCCCCGGUCUGGUGAGGGCCUUUCAGAUGCAUCAGUUAUCAAAUCUGCAUUCUCUUCAGAUAGCAACCAGUCUUCUGUAGACUCUGAUUUAAGACUAGUUGGAAUCCAUUCUAUUUCUUCAUCUUCAGCAACUCAGUCUCCCUCUGCAGUGGCUUCAGUCCUUUUGCAAGAUACAAGACCGCAUUUUGAUAUGCAGCAGCUGUCUCCUUCCAUUCCACCGGUUCAUCCUGAUGUUCAUUUGAAAAGUCUUCCAUUUUAUGAUGUGCUGGAUGUUCUUCUUAAGCCUUCUAGUCUAGUGCAAAAUAAUCAGCGUUUUCAGGAGAAAUUUUUCAUGUUUGCAUUGACUCCUCAACAAGUGAGAGAAAUAUGCAUAUCCAGGGACUUUCUCCCUGGUGGUAAGAAAGAUUAUACUGUUCAGGUCCAGCUUAGGUUAUGCCUGACUGAGACAAGCUGUCCUCAAGAUGACAAUUUCCCUGGUGCUUUGUGUGUAAAAGUGAAUGGAAAAUUAUUUCCUUUACCAGCCUGUGCUCCUCCUAUUAAAAGUGGAGUAGAACUGAAACAACCUGGACGUCCUUUAAACAUCACUUCAUUAGUUCGACUGUCAUCAGCUAUUCCAAAUCAGAUUUCAGUUUCUUGGGCACCAGAGAUUGGAAAGAAUUACUCUAUGUCUGUAUAUUUAGUUCGGCAACUGACAUCAGCAAUGUUGUUACAGAGGUUAAAGAUGAAAGGCAUUAGGAAUCCUGAUCACUCCAGAGCACUUAUUAAAGAGAAACUUACUGCAGAUCCUGAUAGUGAGGUUGCAACUACAAGCCUACGAGUGUCACUGAUGUGCCCGCUUGGAAAGAUGAGACUCACAAUUCCAUGUCGUGCUGUUACUUGCUGCCAUCUGCAGUGCUUUGAUGCAGCUCUGUACUUACAAAUGAAUGAAAAGAAGCCAACAUGGAUUUGCCCUGUGUGUGAUAAGAAAGCAAGUUAUGAGUGCUUAAUAAUAGAUGGAUUGUUUAUGGAAAUUCUAAAUGAAUGCACCGAAGUAGAUGAAAUUGAAUUCCAGAAGGAUGGUUCUUGGUGUCCAAUGAAACCCAAGCGAGAGGCUGUAAAUGUAGGAAGUUCACCAUGUGCAAAACUAGAAAGUUCCAGUAUUUGCAAGCCUUGUUUGUCUGUGACAAGCGAAUUAAGCAACAGUAACAAAGUUGACUUGAUUGAUUUGACAGUGGAAAGCUCUUCUGAUGAAGAGCAAGAGCCUUCAUCAAAAAAAAUGUGUGUAUACCUACCCGGAUCAGAGGAAGGCCCCGCAAAAGGGGUUCUUACAUAUCUAUCUUCAUCACUACAAGGGGACACUGUUGAUCCCAGUCCAAUAUCUUCUUUAUCGGAUUAUCCAGUUUCAUUUCAUCCUUCAACAUUGUCAAAUAUCUCAUCAGAUUUACCAAGACCAUCCAGUAUAGGGAUCCUACAGUCAUCUACAUAUGGUCUGGAUUUCCUUUCAUUAAUUCAAGUUGACCCACAGCAUUAUUGCCCUCAGAUGUUUCUGGAAAGUCUACCAUCAGUUUUACCACACAGCAACUCUGCUGGAAGUAUCAUUACAUCUUCAAGCCAUUUUGAGAACAAUACUCACAGCAAUACUUCAAGCAGAAGUCAAUCAGGAUUCUUAAGUGGAGGCACCACCACCAUACCGGAUAUCAUCUCUUUGGACUAGAAACCUUAUUCAUUAAAAAAAAAAAGAUUACACAGACUUUGCUUAACAGUUUUCAUUACUGUUUCACUCAAAAUAGUAUUUUAAGUCACGUUGGUACUUCUUAAGAAGUACAGAUUAGUUCAGAUUUUUUUGGUUGAUUAGCCAGUUGAAUACUGAAGAAGAGAUGGUAAAUCUCCAGCAGGCUUAAAACAAAGUUUAGAACUGGUGUUUUUUUCCAUGUUACGUACUCAAAGAGUACAUUAAUGAAUACUUGUACAACAGUUUAGUUCAGUGUAUUCCUGGACAGCUGUUUUCUUUGAUUUAUAUAUUAUUUAUGUUGUUUUAGUUAAUACUACAAUUUACAGUUGUAAUAAAACACCAAGUAGAGAAUACUUUUAACAUAAAAUUAAGAAAUGUGCUCAUCUGUUAAAGACAGUGUAUCUAAUUUAAACAUCAGUUUAAUGCACUUUUCUGAACACAGUUGUGGGUGAAAUACCCAAAAGACUCUGAAUGUAUUGGUUAAUGAUACUGCUUUAUUUAUGAUGUGACUAUCUUUAUACAAAAAGUGACAAUAUAAGUUAAAUAUAUGUGUCUUACAUUUUUAAGCAUCAUUUGAAAGUUAACACGUGCACAACUGAAUGAAAUGCGUUUGUAAGUUAAUUUAUUCAUAUUUAGAAGAAUAAAAUCCAAAGGAUUGAAACAGUCA